AUGGAAAUUGACUUGGCAGCAGCAGACCUUUUCAUCAAGAACUUGCUCUCGACGGCUCCCGCAAGCCUGUGUGCCAUCGAGCUUGGUAAAGUUCACAAGACGGCAGCAGCACCAUCACCCGUUCGCGGCCACGCGGCCGGCCGCGACCGAUGUGUUGGACACGUAAAACCAGACGUGACGAACAUGCGAGGCCUGGUGAACACGCUAGAAGCGCCAAAUGGGCCCUUGUGGUCAAAGGCCGGUUGA